GUGUGAUCUAGUACCCAGCAACCGUAGACCGUAGCAACAUGCAACUCCUUUUGGUGACGGCCACUUUGGCGAUCUGUGGCGUGGUGGUCAGUGGACAGCAGGGCGUGGAUCCCGCCUACUUGAGGCAGUACUACCAGCAGCUGCAGCACCAGCAACAGCAGCAACAGGCUCAGCCCCACGAUGGCACGCCCAUUUUCGAGCAGAACUCGGAGCAGACGCAGCAGUACGCGAACUCUGGCCAGCAGAUCAGGAUCAAGGAUACGGUGGCGGAGCAGAUUCGGGCACAGCAGCAGCAGCAGAGUUAUGUCGCUCCAUCGGUGCGGGAUUACCAGCAAUAUCAGCCCCAGCAGGCCGCCUACCGUCCACCUGCCCAGGCUGCUCCUCAGCCACCCCGCAGGAUCCAGCAGUCCUCGUACCAGGCGCCUUCCACUUCGGUCCUCGGCAAGGGACAGCACAAGUUGUCGCUGCAGCAGCCCAACGAGGAGGAGGAAUACGAUGACCAAAACUCCUCGUACCAGUUUGGAUUCGAUGUGAAGGACGACGAGUUCACCAACUACCAGAACCGCAAGGAGAUCCGCGAUGGUUCGGUGAUCAAGGGCAGCUACUCGGUGGUGGACUCCGAUGGCUUCAUCCGCACCGUCAAGUACACGGCCGAUCCCAAGGAGGGCUUCAAGGCCGAGGUCAUCCGCGAGCCCACCGACAUCGUGGUGAAGAUCCCCACUCCCCCGCCGCCGACGCAGUUGCUCCGCGCUGGUGGCCACAAGGCCCAGCAGGAGUACAGCUCCGGACCCAGCAAGCAGCAGUAUCAGCACCAACAGCACCAGCAGCAGCAGCAGCCACAGUACCACCAGUACCAGUAGGGGAUUCGAUUGGAGCAGAUCGGAGACUCUUGUCGAAACACUCUUGAAAG